AUGUCCGCGCGAGAGUUGAAAAGAAAGUUAGAGGAGCUGGGCGUCGAUACGAGCGAUUGCUUCGAGAAGGGCGACUUGUUGCGGAAGUUUGAAGACGCGAAAGCGAACGGAGGUGGAGCGCGGGAGAAGAAAGCGGCGUCGUCGAGGAGGAGCGAUUCGGCGCGAGCAGAGUCGAGCUCUUCGUCUUCUUCGUCGACAAAGCAGAAACAAGGAAAAGAACAACCGAAAAACGACUUCUUUGAAAAUUUCGUGAAAGGCGUUAAAGAGAAAGUAUCCGUGGACGCCCUCGUGUCAUCGUUUCGAGAAACUGCGAAUCGAUUGGAAGUUCGGUACGGCGUCGGGGCGAAAACGAACGAAGUCGUCGCCGGCGUGCGCAAAUCCGUGGUUGAUUUCGAUAAAAAUGUAGGCGCGACCAAGUUCGUGAAAAAUUCGUGGCCGCCAAUACGAGACGCGUAUCAGAAAGGAAGGAACACGCCGGCCGGGAAGGUGGCGAACUUUGUGUUUUGGAUUUGGUUGUUUUCGAGCGGGAUAUUUUGGACGUUGUUAUAUUCCGUGGCGUUGUUAGCGUUCGUGACGAAUUUGUUGUUUCCUCAGUUCAUUUCGGAACGAGUGGAAAAGAUGCAAGCGCAGGCGAGGCAGAGGAUGGAGGAAAUGCAACGAAACCAGUACGGUGGUAUGGGCGGUCCAGGCGGCAUGGGAGGCAUGGGAGGUAUGGGCGGGCAGCAGCCACCGAGAAGCAACUCGAGCGGGGGGAGGAAAACGUACGGCGACGCCUCUAACCAAACAAUAGACGUAGAUAUUGAUUGA